AUGGCUAAGGAGUUAUCUAAAAUAUUGGCUAAUGUUCUGGAGGACACUAUCUCUCUCAGCCAGAGUGCUUUUAUAGGUGAUAGACAAAUCCUAGAUGCUGCCUUGAUAGCUGAUGAGGGGGUUGAGGAUGCUGUUCAAAGAAAGAAGAGGGGUCUUGUGUUGAAAUUGGACUUUGAGAAAGCUUACGAUAGGCUGAUUAAAGGCGAGGCUAAGUCUUGGUUUUGUGCAUCUAGGGGUCUAAGACAGGGGGAUCCCCUUUCUCCAUUUCUCUUUGCUAUUGUGGUAGAUGUUUUCAGCAAGAUGGUUGAGAUAGGUGUAGACAAGAAGGUUGGUGGAGGGGAUAAAGGUAUUUGCAGUAAAUUUGGAAUACUGCAAAAUGGGUGGGAUGCUAAAGUGGGAACAAAUAUUACUAAUUCAAUUCCUUGGAAGUUUGUUUCUCAGAUUUAUGAUUAUUUCCUUCUGAAAGCCCAAUAUUCAGCAGCAAAUGGGCACUGA